AAGAUGAUGGCGGAGUGCGGCGGAGGCGGGGGUGGCGGCGGCGGUGGCAUUGGGGGCCCGAGGAAGAAGGCGCUCUCCCUGCUGGAAGCGGCCCGCUCCCGCUACGAGAGCCUGCAGAUCUCUGACGACGUGUUUGGCGAGUCUGGCCAGGACAGCAGCGGGAACCCCUUCUACAGCACCUCGGCCGACUCGCGCUCCUCCUCCGCCGCCUCUUCAGAGGACGAGGACGAACCCACCACUUCCUCCAUCUCCUCCUCCUCUGCCGCCGCCGCCCCGCCGCCGCCGCCGCCGCCGCAGCCCCUGGCCCGGGAGGUAGAGGCAGCAACGGAGGGGCCCACCCGCGGGGGAGGCGUCUGCUGCUUUCAGGGAGGAGGGCGCCGCGUCCCGAGGGCAGGAGCAACGACUGGUGGGCAACGGCAACUGCAACAGUAUCAGCAACCCGGGCCCAUGGAUGAGGAGGAUGAGGAAGAGCGUGGAGGCUGGACCCAGACUUUGCGAGACACCCCUCCCCCUCGCUUCGAGGAUACCAGCGGUCCAACCCGAAAGAUGCCCCCCAGUUCCAGUGCCAUGGACUUCUUCCAGCUCUUUGUCCCAGACAAUGUUCUUAAAAACAUGGUGGUACAGACAAACAUGUAUGCCAAGAAGUUUCAGGAAAGGUUUGGGAGUGAUGGGGCCUGGGCAGAAGUGACCCUGACAGAGAUGAAGGCUUUCCUGGGUUACAUGAUCUCCACAAGCAUCUACCAUUGUGAGUCUGUCCUCAGCAUCUGGAGCAGUGGCUUCUACAGUAACAAAAGCAUCGCUCUUGUCAUGAGCCAGUCCCGCUUUGAGAAGAUCCUCAAGUACUUCCAUGUGGUGGCUUUCCGUUCCAGUCAGACAACACAUGGCCUCUACAAGAUCCAGCCCUUCCUCGAUUCCCUGCAGUAUGGCUUUGACUCUGCUUUUAGGCCUUCCCAAACCCAGGUGCUACAUGAACCCCUGAUUGAUGAGGACCCAGUGUUCAUUGCUACGUGCACAGAACGAGAGCUGCGCAAGAGAAAAAAGAGGAAAUUCAGUCUUUGGGUCAGGCAGUGUUCCUCCACUGGCUUCAUCAGUCAGAUUUAUGUGCACCUGAAAGAAGGUGGUGGUGCAGAUGGACUGGAUACUCUAAAGAAGCCCCAACUCCACAGCAUGGUGGCCAAGAGCCUCUGUCGGAAUGCAGCAGGCAAGAACUACAUCAUCUUCACAGGACCCAGCAUCACCAGCCUGCCCCUGUUUGAAGAGUUUGAAAAACAAGGGAUUUACUGCUGUGGACUGCUGAGUUCCCGAAAAAGUGACUGCACUGGCCUACCUCUGUCUAUGCUGAAUAAUUCGGAUAUCCCCCAGAUUCGAGGACAGUACCGAAUAAAGGUGAAAGGAAAUAUGUCUCUGAUCUGCUGGUACAACAAAGGGCCCUUCCGUUUUCUGACAAACGCCUAUUCACCAGUUCAACAAGGAGUGAUCAUCAAGAGAAAAAGUGGAGAGAUCCCCUGCCCUUUGGCUGUGGAAGCUUUUGCUGCUCACCUUAGCUAUAUCUGCAAAUAUGACGACAAAUACAGCAAGUAUUUCAUUUCUCAUAAACCAAACAAGACCUGGCAGCAGGUGUUCUGGUUUGCCAUCAGCAUUGCGAUCAAUAAUGCCUACAUCCUGUAUAAAAUGUCCGAGGCCUACCACGUGAAGAGAUACAGUCGGGCACAGUUUGGGGAAAGACUGGUAAAGGAGUUGUUGGGCUUGGAGGAUACCUCACCAUCCCAUUGACGCCUCAUUCAUGUGCCUCAAGGCCUGGGUAAGGGACCCACGUCAAGGGAGAGAGAAUCGGAAUUGGAAGAAGAGAAUCUGCAUCUCUGGAUGUCCAGUCAGGGACCUGGUGAUGCCCACCCCACCCUGCUUGGAAAGUGACACUGUGAUAGAAUAGAGACUUGGUCAGGAGGAGUAGCCGGUUGUCUGGGGCUUCCACUAAAAGAAGAGUGUCCCAUCCCACCCCACCAAGAAGUCGCCCCACAGCUGCAUUGUGAGUGCUCUGCCAGCCCUUCGUGUACCAGACCUGGGUUUUUUAGGUUGCUAGCCAUUUAUACUGUCAGUUGUAUCUGUUCAAUAGGGUGUAGAGCUCCUUAUGACACCCAUCUGAAUCCGAGCUCAGUCUCCAAAUAGAGGAGGCUUGACAGACGUGGGGGCCCCCACUAAUACUAAGUGCUGCCAAUUGCGGGGCAUGUUGUCACAUGACAUUAGAAAAUGGGGAGGAAAUUUAGGUAAGACUGUGACAUCUUUUGGCAUCAUGGCAUGUCAACUGAUGAGGGUGAAAGCAGCAAAAAUAUGGCGUUCAUUCUUAAAACCGUUUAGAAGGGAAGACACUUGGGUUUUCUCCAAUUUGUCCAGGCAGUUCUUAACCUGGCAAUUUAGGAAGUGUCUAACAGGAGAAAAAGAAAAGAAAAAUUAAAAUGGUUGCCAUUGAGAGAAAGUGAUGGAAUGAGCAGCAGUUGACAAUGGUUUGCAUAGUCUAAUUAAUAAAUGAGGUAUUACUGAUGACUUUGGCGUCUUUGCCUCAUGUGAAGGGGAAGAGGGAGAACACACUGAUUUAACUCAAAGUGGAGUGUAAUCGCUGCAUUUUUUUUCUCUCCUUAUUUUUAAAUGUAUCUUUGGCUUUUUCUAUGUGUUGCUUUUAAGAUCUAGCAUAACGGGUGAUGUUUCGCUCCAUUUCUUUUCCUUCUUCCUCACCCCCCACCCCCGCUCUGCAUCUUGGACACGUAUUAAACAACUUUGUGACUGUAUCCAGCACAGGAAAGAACAGUUCACUUUAAGAAGAAACAUAUUGCACUUGCCAAGUACCAUAGGAAUGCCUUUUAGAAUUUAAGCUUGGUUACCACUAUUGUCGUUUGCAAAAAAAUCACAAGUUUAAAUAUAGAUCUAUAUAUAUACAUACAUAAAUACACGUGUAGCAUUGUUGAAACAGACACAUCUCUUUAAGGUAAAGAUGACCAUGAGCUGAAUCUCUUCCAUACACUGGGAGUCCCAUCAAUCACUUACCUUAUUUUAAAUGACACCUCUGCCCAAUACAGCUGUCUUCAGCAAGACCUUAAGAGGGAGACAAGACAACAUUUUUGGAUGAAGCGCAGAUUUUGGUUAAGAGGUGCCUCUUUCUUGACCCCAAACAGAGAAAUUUAAUUACUAAAAUAGCAUCAUGUAAUAAGACAGGCCUACAGCAUGAAGCCAGCAUAGGAACAACAUUAAAACAAGGGAUCCAAUGCAUUUUCCAGGACAGCUGACAUACUUCCACUCAGGUGUGUCUUUCAACACCCAUGCCCCAUGCCAACCCCCAGAAAGCCUCAGAACAAGAAAACUGGGCUGUUCUGAUCAGCACCAUCCCCAAGCUAAAAGCAAAUAAAUGCUGGAUUUAAAUGUCCUUCCUUCAUCUGACCUUUAUAUAAAUCCCUCAUUUUAUUUUUCCCCUCUUCUUCCAUAAACCCCUCACUUUAAAAAAAUACAGAAUCUAUUUAACUCAGGUUUUAGGAUUAUUAUUUUUUCCUCCUGAUUUCACAUUCUCCAAAACAGAAGUGUUCCUAAAAGUGUGCUCAUGAACAUUUAAUCAUUUCUGUAUUCUCGAUAAAGAAUUGCUAGUGUCUUCUAGUUUUGAUUAGAUGCUUCGGAUUUUAGACCCAAAUUAAAAAAAAAAAUUAAAGCUUCUGCCCUAUUCUUGUAAAACCAUUGAAAAAGUGGUCCAUGCUAAAUUUAAUUAGAAGCAGGUUUGUUGCAUGGAUUUUUAUGGAUUUUUAAUUUGUGGUCCUUUUCUAUUAGGUCUACUAUUUCUGAACUGAAUGUGCUUUUUGACACUAAGGGAAACACUGAGAAAAAAUGUUUAGUGUCUCUCUUUUCUUUUUUUGUCCCAGCAAUUAGAGAAUCAAUUUUCAAAGCUAUAUUUACUUUUGUUUUUGCUGAUUUGAGAGUUAGGGAUGGGAAGAAGUGACACUAGAAAUCAAAGAACUAAAAUGCAGAUUAUUUCUGAAUUUCCCAAAGUCAAAGAAAGAGUCAAUUUACAGGUGCGUUAUCCAGUCUUCUUGGCUUCCAUUAAUCAUCCAAAGACUUGUGAGCUUCCUAGAAGCUUUUUUUUUUAAAUUUUUCAAGUUUUGAGCAAGAGCAAAUUCAUCAAGCAAACCCCCUACCCACCCCUAUUCUAGGUAUCUGUAUCAUUUUGGGGGAUAAAUAUGCCUUCUAAACUGAUUUUCUAAUUACUUUUACUUUGUACCUUGUGUCAUUCCCUAUUACUGUGAAGUUGUGUGUGCUGUUAAAUUACCAGAUAAUUAGAGAGUGAUUAGAUGAUAUUAGUGCUCUGUAACUAAAAUGGUAGACAACUGAUUUCUGAUGAACUGAUACUUAAAAAAGAAAAGUCAGGCAGUAUGGCCUACACCACAUGCCCUAUAGCAGAGUUUGCAAGUAAUCCAGCCAGUUUCCUCAGGGGGUUGGAAAUCAGGAAGAUACCCCAAUCAGGUAUCCUAGCACAGGCCUGCUCUUUAAGGAAUUGUGUCCCCUGCCCCCACACACACACACACCCAUGCCUUAUAGGUGUUUUAGGAUGGCUUUUGGAAUUUCUCUAGCUAAAAAUCUAUCUGACUCCACUGUUCCCUAGGGCUGACAGCAGUCAGGAUGUCAUUUGAAUUUGCUUGUGGCAGAGCCUGACACAGUAGAGGAUGAUUAUUUGUGACAGGCAAACAACCUGGUGAGUGAUUCUUACAAGAGGGAGCAAGGAUGUCUGGUUGGCAAAGGGGUAAGAGACAGACACAAUCUAUUAUAUUUCAUGACAGUGAGUUCCUAUGCUCUGGCUAGGUGCUGGCCGCCAUGUUGUCUCUUGAUUUCCUUUGGGAUGGUUUGGUCUAAAAAAGAUUGACUCAUGAACUUCCCAGACCACAUGUCCCCCACAGAGAAGCUAACAAAAAGAAAUGUGAACAAAGUUCAUCCACAGCAAACUUCUACAUUUAGUAGAAAUACUAAAUCACAACAGGCAAGAAUUACACCAAAUCAUACUUUAGUAAUUUUUAAUAAUACAUUUGCUUUAAUAAUACUUUGCUUUAAAUGAAUAAAUUCCUAAUUACAUUUUCUGCCUCCUUUAUUAUGCUGCCCCUUAUUAGAUUUAUGUGUGCUCCCCAUAACCAACUAAAAUUCUUUACUCUGGUCAGUGGAAUGUUACCGUAAUAUUUCCAAGUUCCUAUCUUAGAGGAAAGUAUUUGGUGACCGGAUUGUUUUGAGCAGCUCAGCAGUGACUCCAAACUGGGUACGAGGCCAGGCUACCAAAAUAGACCCAGCUUUGCAAAAAGAAAAGUCGAUAAGAGUCAGAAAAAAGUAACAGUGAGUCAGGAGAGAAAAAGGUCUAUAUUUGUGGGAUGAAUUCCAUAGUUAAAUACCUCACCCUGCAACAUUGUUUCACAGCUGUCAGGUUGUGGUACCCCUGAACUGGGGGAGAAACUAUAUCCUAGCUUUUUCUCCUUCCCUGAGGUAAUGAUUGUUAAGGUAUGUGUUUUGACCAACCCUGGCAUACCAGCAAUAUUCAGACUUCAUUGAGUUGGAAAUAUGGAUGAUUCACUGUUAUUAUAAUGACGAAGGCAGGAGGAAAGACCAGAAAUAUCACCCAUUCCCACCCCCAUAUUUGCCUUAGGGGUGAGUAAUUUGGGAAAUACAAACUUAAUUUCAAAGGAAUUGUGAUGGUAUCUCACAAUCCAUUUACAGCCUCUGUAGUUUUCCCUAUUUUUGUAUAAGGUAUAGUAAGGAACUAGAAUUACUUCUUUAGCCCAAUACUCAAAACCAGCAUAUUUCUCACCAACAGUACUCACUUUUCCCCUUUUACUUACUGUAUUGGUGUAUGUGUGUGUGUGUGUGUGAGAGAGAGAGAGAGAGAGAGAGAGAGAGAGAGAGAGAGAGAGAGAGUGUGUGUGUGUGUGUGUGUGUGUGUGAGUUUUCAUCUACUCCCACCUUAGAGUUUACCUGAUGAGUCCUUUUAGCUUUACCUGUAGUGCCCUAUUGCUAUCUAGUUACUGGUAGAAAUAUGUAUGUGCCAUAAGCACACAGGGAAUUUUAUUUUUUUAAGGUAAUUAUUUAUUACUCAAUCAUAAAGGAUAUUAUUUUUAUUCAUGAAAAAUUAUAUAGAACCUGAAACUUAGCUAAAUGUAGUUUUUGAAAUAAUCAACAGCUAAACUUUACUUUUAAAAUAUAAAUUUUUAAGAUAAGAUGCAAAAUAUUACUUUUUUUUGUCUGUGACAUUAGGGUGAUCCAAGCUUGUACUAGUGGAGAGGUUGGAGUAUAAAGGGAUGGAGAGAGAGAGAGAGAGAGAGAGAGAGAGAGAGAGAGAGAGAGAGAGAGAAGAGAGAAGAAGGGGGGGGAAAGUUCUAUAUUACAAUAAGCAUUGGAAUAUAGCUGUCAAGCAUUUUCCAUUUAGAGAAUAUUUCUUACAAAUAAGAUCUAGGAAGGGUAAGACAUAUUUGCAGGACUUUCAUCCAGAGCCCUUGGAACCUAUUUCCCUACCCAGCAGGGCAAAGGCUGUGGAAUGUUUUGUUUUGUUUUGUUUUCUGUUAACUGGUUCAGAGAUGAGGUAAAACAACCUUUAUUGGUCCUAAACUGCCAGGAUUAGAACUGACCCUUAGUCUUCUGCAAGCUCUUUUUCUGUCCCUGUGAAGUUUCUCUAUCCCACACCCUUCCCCCAAAGAAGGGCUUGUCAAGAGGAUUGAGUAUGAAAAGCUAGAAAGAGAGAGCACCAAGAAAACUUGCAAAAAAUAACUAAGCAACUGUUCUAAUAUGCAUGUGUAUGUGUUCGUGUGCAUGUAUAUACACACAUAGCUAUAGAUAUAUUCACCUAUCUAUAUAGCUAUCUGCCUAGGUAAAUAAACAACUGGUCUCUGUAGCCUGCUUUGGAAUAGGAAACUAUAUAAUAAUCCUUACAUAAUUCUGGCCUUUUUUCAGUAUAACCUUGGCUACUGUUCUCCACCAGCUUCUGCCUUUGCCAAGCAAUAGUAGACUCUAGAACUCUUCACUCUUGUCUCUUUAUUGUUAUUAUUUUUGGAUUAAGAGGAUUCAGAUUCUUUCUCUCCACCUCUCCCCCUGCCUCUCUCCCACCCUUCCUUCUCUCCAUACCUUUCUCUCCUCUCUCCUCCACUGCAGACCUUUUUUCCUUCUAAGAAUUUUAUGUUAUUCUUAUUCAGUCAUUUGUCAAUUGUGUCCAGCUCUUCAUGACUCCAUUUGGGAUUUUCUUGGCAAAAGAUACAGGAGUGGUUUGCCAUUUCCUCCUCCAGUUCAUUUUACAGAUGAGGA